GGCAGUGUGCGCCACAGCAGUUCUCCACCAUGGCUCUGAACGUCCCUGGCGUGAUUGCGGUUGUACUUUUCUACAUCCUUAUUCUAGGGACUGGGGUGUGGGCUGCCCAAAAGUCCAGGAAGGCUGAGAAGAAGAGCGAUGGAGACAGGACCGAAGUGGUGCUCCUUGGAGGCAGAAAUAUCAGCUUGCUGGUGGGAAUUUUCACCAUGACAGCCACAUGGGUUGGAGGAGGCUUUAUCCUGGGUGUGGCUGAAGCUGUGUACACUCCCAAAAUGGGCUUAAUAUGGGCUCUUAUGCCUAUACAAUACUCAGUGUCCUUCAUAAUAGGUGGUAUUUUCUUUGCUAAACCAAUGAGAGACAAGAAGUACGUCACCAUGAUGGACCCAUUCCAGAUAAAGUAUGGGAAAGUACUUAGCGGUGCUCUCGUACUGCCAUGUCUGCUGGUGGACGUGCUGUGGGUGUCCUGCACGCUGCUCAGCUUAGGAGCGACUAUGAGCGUAAUACUGGACUUGCCGUAUGCCUACUCUGCGUGGAUCUCUGCAGCAGUGGCCAUCAUCUACACUUUGUUAGGUGGCCUUUACUCUGUGGCCUACACCGAUGUCAUCCAGCUCUCAUUAGCAUUCAUCAGUUUGUGGCUGUGCGUCCCCUUCCUUCUGCUCAACAAUUUGUCGUUAAACAUCGCUCAGACUGCUUUCAACCACACGUUCCAAGAGCCUUGGGUUGGGACUCUGGAGCAGGACAGUGUCUGGAAGUGGAUUGACGAUUUCUUAAUGCUGGGCCUUGGUAGUGUUUCAUUUCAGAGCUUCCACCAGAGGACGCUGUCCGCCUCCUCUUCACGAACAGCCCAGUUAACCUGCUAUGCUGCUGCCCUUAUCAUUGCCAUACUGGGAGUCCCCCCUGUCCUGGUUGGUGCCAUCGCCGCCUCCACAGACUGGAACUUGACGCUGUACGGGCUUCCACCUCCAUAUGUUCGUGGUGAGCACACCUUAAUCCUGCCCCUGACCCUGCAACACCUCACUCCCUCCUACAUCUCAAUCAUUGGAAUCGGAGCUGUGGCUGCUGCUGUCAUGUCGUCUACAGACUCUGGCCUGUUGUCUGCAACGUCAAUUUUCUCUUCAAACAUCUACAAGAACAUCCUGCGUACACAGGCUUCAGACUAUGAAAUGCAGUGGGUGAUUCGGGUCUCAGUGGUGGUGGUUGGUCUAGUUGGGACAUCCAUAACGUUCUACACCAACAGCACCCUGGUCCUCUGGAUUCUCGGAGCAGAUGUUUCUUACACCCUUAUAUUCCCCCAUCUGGUUUCCGUGCUCUUCUUUAAAGUGACAAAUGGUUACGGGGCGGCUGUGGGUUACAUCAUAGGGCUGACUGUGAGGAUCCUGUUUGGAGAAAACGCUGUAGGGCUUCCUGUUGUUCUCCAGCUUCCUGGUUGUACAUUGGAAGAUGGCGUGUAUGUCCAGAAGUCCCCUGUCAGGACUGUGUCCAUGCUCUGCACCUUGGCAGCCAUCUUAGUUUUUUCCAUGCUGGCUUGGUUCAUGUUCAACCAUGGCCCUCUGCCUGAGAGUUGGGAUGUUUUCAAAGUGAAACGCUGUGUUACUGUAUCACCAGAGAAUGCUUUGACGCAGGGUAACAAUGAAGAAUCUGGGCACGAUGGCGAGUGUGUCGAGAACCUACAUGGAGUUCCAUUGCAGCCAAUAUUGGAGUCUGAAAUGUAACAGUGAUUUCCUUUUGCAAAGUUGCUGGCCUGUUUUUCAUUAUUAUUUUUAUAAUUAUGUACUAUGUGUUAUGUGUUAUUAUGUGUUAUCCUUACCCACUGCAACAAGUUCAAAGUUUAAACUGCGUUUCCAGGUGUUUCUAAUGUAGAAUUUAAAUUUUUUUUAAUUAAGUUAGAUCUAAAACAACCAAGAAUUACACAACCUACCGAAAAUGUCCACUAACAAGGUUGUGAAUAGCCACAAGAGGGAGCUAUUUAUAUGCAGCUACUACCUUCACGUUGAACAUGUGAAUUUGUGGUUCAGAACAUGGCGCCAAUAUCAAAAAUAAGUUGUAACAACACUGCUGCCAGGCAACUGUUGGUGCCUAGAAGCCACGAGGCUAACAGGCUAACAGCAAGACAAUGGCCGAAGGUCUUUUCCUUACCAUUAAAAAAAGAACCACUAAGGUUAGAAGAAGAACAAAAGAUCAGGCUUCAGCCAGGCCCAAUCUUUUGUAGUCUGAAGCCCCAGCCUUCUGUCCUAGACCACGAGUUCUGCCUGUGACCUUCUAAUUCUUAGACUUAGAUUUAGACUUUUAAUAAUCUGCGACUGAAAUUAUUUUGUCACCAUAGCUUUGUUGCACAUAAAAGUAAAUACUCGAAAGAUAAAUAAAAUGAGAUUAAAGUAUAUCAACAAUAAGCAGUGUACAGGACUAGCAUAAUAAAAAUAUACAAAAGUAGUUGGCAAAACAGUGUCCAAGGUGAUGUGGAUGUUUGGUCAGUUGCAUAGUAACAGUGGUGUGGAUCGUGUCGUCAUGGUGUUCCUCGUCAAUGGUGUUUCCUUAUCGCUGAGGAAGGGAUGUAAAUGCCAACGUGUCUGCCGCAGAGUCUGAAGCCGGGCACAGAAGUGCUGUGGUCCUAUGAACCAGGCCUCCAAAGCACUUCUCACUGGGUCCCAUCAAGGGCACACAGUCCAUCAAGACCCCACCUUCUCCGUGAGUAGAGAUGGCACCGCCGACCCGAACCUCCUUCUCCGAUCCUCCACCGCCAACUCCAGCCUAGUAUCUGAAGCACUUCUUCUGAAGUUUAAUGGGAGUCUCAGGUCUCACUCUGGGCAGCUCAGAUGACAGUGCUAGCAGCGCUAGCAGGCAAUAGCAGGAACACACCAAUGGACACAACGGCCACUCCACAGUCAAUGACCAACUAGACAGCCAAAACACAAGAAGUCCAGAAAAAAACUAAAUAAAAAACAGCACAAAAGAUAAAAAAAAAACUCUUUCAGAAUGGAAAGAUUGGAGUGCAGUGACAAUACAUGAAAUAUUGUCUUUUGUAGGUUUGGUUGAGCCUCUAAAGAUUGGUCAUGCCCAGCAAAUCACAAAUUAGCACUUUGUAUGUCCUCAUUCACAAAAUAGCAUUUGAUAGCACUAGAAAGUUAGCUAACAUCAGAAAUAAUAUACUACACUGAUAUUUAAACAGGUUAAUAUGUUGCUAAACAUAACGCAGCUAACAACAUUUUGCUAUUCCAUUAGCUUGUGUAAUAGGCCCCAUUGGCAUAUUCAUUAGGCUAUAUAACUAUCGCAACAUGUAUGCAUUUAACAUCAUGGCUGAUUUACCCAGCCAUGCUGGUGCAGUUCGCUGUCCAGACACAGCUGGUGGUUCAGUUCACAAUAACCCAAGCCUAUUGCACGUCUGUUUUCUGACCUUGCUGCUAGCUAGGCAGAACUUAGGCCUGGUUUCCACAGACGGCCUACCUCCACACCACUCUACACCGCCCACUUUAAAUCGCUAUUUCCAUUGUUAGAAGGUGGGAGGAACGAGGACAAAGGGAUACUUUUCUGGGUACUUUUUAGUGUCUCCUCUGUGUUGGGGUCGAAAAUGUGACGUAGAACGCUGCUUACUACUGAUUGGUAAGAAAAAAAUCGUUAAAAUGGAGCGCCAGGCACAAACAGGAUGAUUUGGUUUUGACUAGAGAUGAGCGGUUUUGACUGGUAGUAAGCUGCUCAGUUUCAACUUUCUGCUCUCAUGUCGGUACAUUUUUUAAAUGAUGACUGGAAAAGUAAUGUUGUUCUGGACCAACCCAGGGUGAGGGCUUUUCUGUCCUUGUUGAGAGAAGAGAGUAUACAGCGGGAGUUGUACCAGUCGUUGCACAAGUACCUAAUCCUGUCAGAUCAUCCAUCCAUUGCAUAUGGGUCAGCCAAUCUGGUCCUGUCACUUAAUAUUAAGUUUUUCAACUAUUUCAACACUCACGGUCCUGGAGAGUGAGUGACCAUACAGAUUUAAAAAAAAAAUAAAAAAUCAUGUUUUCUUCCGCCAUUGUCAAAAACAAGCCUGCACAACAUGUUAAGAGUUAAUUUGUUUUGCCUCCACCUAAGCCACCGCAACUGAUGGUUAUUCUUGUUCUUAUAACCAGAAAUUUUGAGAGAGGUCUGAGUUUAUGAGUUUUGGUCUGUCUCUAUCUUUAUCUCCUGUGUUCUACUUAAUCCUAAUGGCACUGCUGACAUGUGGAUUUUAUGCCAUCCUUUCCUAACCCUAGUACUUGUACUGUAUAUUUUUAAUUAAACCUCUUUUUAUUCAAA